GAGGCGGCGCCGCUCCCGCCCGUUUCCCAGGGUGCAGCGGGCGCGGCGCUGCCUGGCCACGUCCCCGGGCCACGUCGCUCGGUGCCCGCUGAGCUUGCGCCAUCUUCGCUCCCCGGCUCCCGGGCUGCGCCUCCUCCUCCUCCUCCUCCUCCUCGUCUCGCCGCUCCGCCGCCAUGAACAUCUUCCGCCUCACCGGGGACUUGUCCCACCUGGCGGCCAUCAUCAUCUUGCUGCUCAAGAUCUGGAAGAGCCGCUCCUGCGCCGGUAUUUCUGGGAAAAGCCAGCUUCUGUUUGCACUGGUCUUCACUACCCGUUAUCUGGACCUCUUCACUUCAUUCAUUUCAUUGUAUAACACAUCUAUGAAGCUUAUCUACAUUGCUUGCUCGUAUGCCACCGUGUACCUGAUCUACAUGAAAUUUAAGGCCACCUAUGAUGGAAACCAUGAUACAUUCAGGGUGGAGUUUCUGAUAGUUCCUGUCGGCGGCCUCUCAUUUCUUGUCAAUCAUGACUUCUCUCCUCUGGAGAUAUUGUGGACUUUCUCCAUCUAUCUUGAAUCAGUUGCUAUUCUCCCUCAGCUUUUUAUGAUCAGCAAAACUGGGGAAGCAGAGACCAUCACUACUCACUAUCUUUUCUUCUUGGGUCUGUACCGUGCCUUGUACUUAGUCAACUGGAUUUGGCGCUACUAUUUUGAGGGAUUUUUUGACCUCAUAGCUGUUGUUGCUGGUGUGGUCCAGACCGUUCUGUACUGUGACUUCUUCUAUUUGUAUGUUACAAAAGUACUCAAGGGAAAGAAGCUCAGUUUGCCAGCGUAAGUGCCAAAAAAAACAUCACCAGCAUCUGUCCUUUUGGAUGCUUGGACAGAACAAUCCUUAUCACAAGCAAAGGUGAAGAUGCUUGAGACAGAAAGUCAGAAACACAGCUCUAUAUAGUGCAGGUAGUCAUCAGCGGCUCUGUAAGAACGGAGGAAAAACAACCAGCAGAUUUCUGUUUGAUGCAUCUUGCCUUUAUCUUUUUUAUUACUAUGUAUAAAGAUUUUUUACAUAAAGAAACUUAUACUGUAUUAAUAAAUUCAGUGUAUGGUUUCAAUUGGAAUAGUUCCAAAAGUGAGAUUUUUGUGAGAUUGUUUAUGACCAGGAAAAAGUGCAAACUUUUUUUUUUAAUUUUCAAGAAUUUCUUUGAAAUGACUGAUUUUUUUUCUUUUUUUUUCAGUGCACAAAUAUGUGCAUCCUUGAUGGAUGGUAGUCAUCUGUUCUUUCCCUUUGAUUCAAUUUUCAUUCCACUAUAUUUAUUUUUUCCAAAAGGUGAAUAUAUGUCAACUUAAAUCUGAAACCACCAAUGUUUGAUGUGAUGUGCUGGUGCCCAGUCUUUGUGCCAUCUGCUGACGUGGAGUUCCUUAUUUAAAAUGUAUGUUGGUGCCAGAAGGGGAACAGUCACGUUCUGUAGUUGUCCCCCUUCUAAAACAGGCUGAUGGCAAGAGGACAGUCAGGAAAUCUCUUGUGGCCACAAGAAUGCGCCCUUUCCUGUUCUGCCAUGAUGUUUGGGAAGGUAAUCCCAACAAUGACAGCACUUGGCAGUGCAGGUUGUGAAGGGUGGGAGUUGUGGUUCUGUUGCUUAGUGGCAAAUGUUUGUAACUGUAUUCUUUGUUCCGGAAAAGAAGGUUAAUUAUCUUGGAUGUACAGCCCUGCUACACCAUUGCAGCCAUAGAAAUGGGAGACUUGUAAGUUGUUGAUUACAGUAAUCUGUAGGUGAUCAUUUUAAACAAUGUCUACAUUUUCCUUUUAAUGAAUGCUUUAUAAGCAACAUCCAUGUUCAGCUUCAAGUGGUUUUUGAUGUCACUUUUGGACAAUUACUUUUUUUUUUUAUAGACUUUCCAAAAUCAGCAGCACCAGUUACCAUUCUUUAUCCUUUAAAUGAUUCCCUUUUUUUACUGAGCUGUUGCAUGAUUUAUCCUGUGUUACCAUCCUCAAUAAACACUUUAUGAAAUGG